GAGUUAGAGCUCAAUAAAGCGUAAAUUUUGGUGGCCCCUGAAAAAAACAACAACAAAUACAACAUUUCAGACGCUCUUCUUGAACUUAAAAGUAAUCUAAAGAAGAGUUAAAGAUGGAUGAUGCUCCAGUUAUAUAUGGCUUAGAAGACUUCCAGGCACGGGCGCUGGCUGCACACACUGCUGAAACGGAAAAAAUAAAUUUUCUUGUGGGAACUCAGUCAUUGAGAAGAAUUAAUCAAAUUCAACUCAUUGAAUUUGAUGAUGACACAAGUUUAGUAACUAAGCAAACAUUUGAGCACCCAGCUGGGGAAGUCUGGAGGAUUGUUGCUGCUCCUCAGACCGAUCUAAUAGCCACAGUCUACAAUAAUACCCAGGAUUACUGUGGUGAGUUUGGGGCAGCAAUAUGGAGACUCCCUCUUGAAGGCUCUGCCUCGGGUGUGCUCGAUGAUUCAAGGACUGGUGGUGAACAAGUUGAAAAAUUAUGCAGUUUAGAUGGAACAUGUAGAGGUGAACCUGCAGUACCAGGUUCACCUGUCCCUGGGCUGGGCUCACAAGUGUGGUCACUGGUGUGGGCACCCGAAUAUGAUUCCCGGCUUGUUACACUAGUUGAUAACCGUCUCUUCUACUGGGAUGUGGAAGCUGCAGGAAAGUCAGCCAAGAUAGUAGGAGAAGUUACUGUGGAAGGUCGAGGUAGUGUAAGCUUGGGUACUGGUCGCUGGUAUCCCCAUCAGCUAGGAUCCCAAAUUGCUGCUACUCAUGGUUCUAGUGUCCGUGCAUGGGACAUUCGAACAAUGAAGUCAUCUUGGUGUGUUGAGGGGGCACACACACAGCUUGUUAGAGACCUGGAUUUCAAUCCAAACAUGCAGUACUACCUUGCAACAUGUGGGGAUGAUUGCAAGACUAAAUUCUGGGAUAUUAGAAAUACUGAGCAGCCACUCAAAGAACUAAGUGAUCACUCUCACUGGGUGUGGAGUGUGCGUUAUAAUGCUUCAUAUGACCAGCUAGUACUUACCUGCUCCAGUGACCAGAGAGUCAUUUUGUCUAACUUACCAUCAAUUGCUUCUCAGCCCUUUGGUACUAUGGUAGAUCAAGAAGAAAAUGCUAAAGAGGAAAAAGAUAAAAGUGAGAGUACAGAGGAAGGGGUAAUCCAGAUAUAUGAUGAUCAUGAAGACUCUGUAUAUGCUGUUGAAUGGUCUGCUGCAGAUUUCUGGACCUUUGCAUCUCUAAGUUAUGAUGGCCGUCUUGUUAUAAAUAAAGUGCCUAGAAGUGUUAAAUACAAACAAUUCAUGUAGGUUUGUCAUUAUUAAUAAUGACUUGUCUGAACAGUUAUAAAAUCUUUAUUUCUACAAGUACAAGGUAUACAAGUCUGUUGAAAAGAUCAAGAUUA